AUGCUGCCACGCACCAUACAGAGCCUGAGCGUCGGGUGUUGCGUGGGGGUGGGAAUGGCGAUGCUGCCAGCGGCCUACGCAGGCGAGCUCUUCCCCUGGCACCCUUUGCUGAUUUCUAUAGGCUUCCUGGCUUUGAUGACGGAGGGCAUCAUGACGGCGGUACGGUUCCGCCCCAACGAGGGCACCACCCGCGUGGCUGCCAUCACCAACCACGCCCUCAUCCAGGCAGCAGCCACCGCAUGCGUGACGCUGGGCUUCUAUGCGAUUUACCACAGCAAGGCGGGUGACUUGAAGGGCAAGCAGCAUUUCACUUCGCUGCACGGCAAGGUCGGGCUGGUGACCUUCCUGCUGGCGCUGGCUUCGCCGCUGCUGGGGGUGCUCAGCUUCCGCCGCCUGGGCCUCAUCCAGAAGUUCCCCCAGGACUGGCACCCACGCCUCAAGUGGCUCCACCGCCUGGUGUCUGCCUAUGCCUACAUCCUGGGCAUGGUGACAAUACAGCUGGCGCUGCCCCAUGCGGCAGUCUUCACGGGCAUGUGGUGCCGGCUGUGGCAGGCGGGUGUGGCUGCUCUGGCCGGCUGCAUGCUUUUCACGCUGCGGGGGCGCAUCAGCGGGCGCACCGUGCUGCCGUCGUCGGCAGGCACGGUGGCUGCCGCAUUUCAGGGGCCCAAGGACCACUGAGUUGGGCAUGCCACCCAUAAAUCUGUCAUGUAUAACUGCACACUGUGAAUUUCAACGGAAUUGUUGAAACGUGUACUGCACUCACUUUA